CAUUUCUUUCUCUCGUCCCAUCCUUUGGUUUCUGAUCUGCUUGCCCUCCCCCGUCGGAGGUGCGUCGGAGUGCUUUUUUCUAGCGUUUCUUUUCCUACUUUAAUGGAUUUCCUAUAGAUCGACUAUGUCCCGCGCUACGGAUUCCGGCGCAACGGGGGAGUCGCCCUCGCUGCCCUGGAGGGCAAUGUCCGCCACGACUAUCUUUGGUGUGGCGGGCUUGUGUCGCUCGUUUCUGUACCUGUGCAGUCGUCCCGAGGUACACGGGCUGGACUCGUUUCUGGAGCUGUUGGAUUCACGGCAGGAUCCGUCGCAACGGACGAGGGGAUUGCUGACAGUUUCAAACCACACCAGCGUGUACGUACAUGCGUCCUGCUUUACCCCCGACUGAAGGCGACCCUGCUACACGCGACGCAGGAGAGUGCAUUGACCGUGGUCGCUGACUCGAGCAGUAUGGACGACCCGCUCAUGUGGGGGUUUCUCCCAAUGCGAUAUAACUUUGGGCUACAAAAUCAGACCAAGCGCUGGGGAUUUGGAAGCCAUGACAUCUGUUAUCAGACUCGACCACUAGCAUUGUUCUUCACUAUGGGCCAGGUCCUCCCUACGCACCGACUCGCCCACUCCCCCUACGGUGGCCUCGCGCAGCCCGCCGUCACACAGGCCAUCCGACUACUGUCUAAAGGCCCUUUCCCCGUCGAACCGCAUCCUGCGAUCCCCGAACGCCAGCACUGGAGCAUACAAAACGUCUGCGUCGAUCCGUUUUCCGACCUUCCCACGGCGUACACCACGGACGGCCAUGAUUCCCACCUCGCGCCAUCCGCUUACGCUUGCAAUUCGUACUCCUGGUUUCACAUUUUCCCCGAGGGCAAGAUUCACCAGGCUCCGAACAAGACGAUGCGCUAUUUCAAAUGGGGUGUGGCCAGACUCAUCUUGGAGGCCAGCGAAUGUCCCGACGUUGUGCCGAUUUGGUUAGAGGGUUUCGAUCAGGUCAUGCACGAGAGUCGCGAGUUCCCGCGCUUUCUCCCGCGGCCAGGAAAAGAUGUCAGCGUGACAUUCGGCAAGAAGGUCGACACCGACGCCAUAUUUGGGGAACCGAGGAAGCGAUGGCAGGAAUUGAAGGCAAAGGCCGAAUUGGCCGCUCCCGAAACCCGCAAUCAACCGGUCGGAGUCCUGAGCGAUGAGCUAUUAUACGGAAAGGAAGCCGUCGAGCUGCGCAAGGAGGUGACGAAGAAAGUACGAGACCUGGUGCUUGACGUCAGGCGCUCCAGAGGCCUUUCCGAUGAGGAUCCCAAGGAAGGGCUGGUGGAAACUUGGAUCCAGGAAGGUCCCAAGCGGGAAGGCAAGAUGGAGGACGAUUCCUGGGUGCGGGAUGUAUAGCGGCCGAGCUCCGGCUGAAAUAAAUAUUGUAUAUUAGCCAUAGGAAGACCUAUUUUGUACAGAGAUCAUCCAACCGUGUCAGCUCAGUGACUCAUGGAUCAGCUUAGUA